GAACAUUUAAUCGCGUUAAAUUCUCAUUAUGACUGAUGUGAAACUGAGUCGAACUAUAACUGAAAGAAGAUUAAGGAGAAACCUUAUAGAUUACAGUCUGGCAACAUCUGUAUGACGUUACACACUUGAAAUUCAAACUAGAAGGUCAAGUAUGAUACAACUAAUAACUGGAGUUCAGUACAAUCUCAUUUUAAAUUCGCUCAUAUAAACGAUUACGUUGGUAUUGUUUGAAGUUUAUAUAUUGUUGCUACAUUCAUGGAAAAUCUUCGCUAAUUAUUUAUCAAACGUUUAUAGCAGUCUGCCAAUAUCUAUUUCAAACUCGAAAAUAAUACGAUUCCGGAACUGGAAGGUGACUAUAAAAUUUAAAUAAAUAAUAAGCGAAGAUUUGGAACUUUGAAAAUACUUAUCAUUAAACAUGUCAUCAGGAAUCAAAUUAUUAGUUGAAGCCAAGCCACUAUUUACAAGUUAUUGUAGGCGAAGGGCAGUAGGAUUGUUCCAUAAAAAAAUGUCGUCAUUAAAGACUGAAGAAAAGCCAAAAAUUACCCCAUUGGAAGAAUCUCGCCGAUUUAUGAUAGAUUGUUUCAAAGCAGUCGGCUGUAAUCAAAAUCACGCCGAAAUAAUAUCGGCAAAUUUAUUAGAAGCAGAUUAUAGAGGACACUAUAGCCAUGGAAUGAAUAGAUUGGAAAUGUAUAUUAAUGAUGUUAGGGGUGGUUUAACCCUUCCAAACGCUGUACCAACUAUUGAAAAAGAAACAGUAGCAACUGCUGUUGUUAAUGGAAAUAACGGAUUUGGAGCAGUGGUAGGACAAUAUUGUAUGGAUGUAGCAAUAGAGAAAGCCGCAAAAGCAGGUAUCGGUCUGGUUGUCUGCCAUCAUUCAAAUCAUUAUGGGAUAGCCGGGAUGUAUGCGUUGCAAGCUAUCAAGAAAGGAUACAUAGGAUUUAGUACUACGAAUACCUCACCUCUAAUGGUUCCAACCAGAGCAAAGCAGGCAGCGCUAGGAACAAAUCCAAUAGCUUUGGGAGUGCCAGCACUCAAUGGGGAUAGUUUUGUUUUGGAUAUGGCAACUACAGCGGUUGCUUUAGGAAAGAUAGAAAUAGCACGAAGAAAGAAUGUCCAAAUUCCUGAAAGCUGGGCAUUGAAUGAAGAGGGAAAAGUAGAAACUGAUCCAGACGUAGCGUACAAUGCAACUAGACUGCUUCCACUUGGAGGAGAGGAGCUCAAUUCCGGCUAUAAAGGAUAUGGAUUGGGCAUGUUUGUUGAAAUAUUUUCUGGAAUUCUAUCAGGUUCAACGUAUGGUCCAAACAUUAGACACUGGGCGAAUUACGAUAAAGAAGCUAAUUUAGGACAAUCAUUCCUGGCAAUUGAUCCAAAUGCGUUUGCUCCUGGUGUCGAACAUAGAAUGAGCGAUUUAAUGAAUCAUAUGAGAAAUAUGGAACCUGCGGAUCCUAAAUUACCUGUAUUAGCGCACGGCGAUCCUGAGAGGAUUCACAUGGAGAAAGUCCAUAGAGAUGGAGGACUAUGCUACGUUGAAAAUCAGCAUGAAACCAAUUUAAAGUUGGCUAAAGAAUUAAAUGUUUCUCCAAUGGUAUCUAAUUAAGAAAAUAUUUUACAGUUUUCAUCGAUGGAGAAUUUCAAUAACUUUUUUAUAUCGGAAAUUUGUAUGUAUUCUACCUUAAUUUUAUAGAUACGGAUAUAUCAAAUAUAUUCAAGGAAAAUUAGCAACCUUCA